GAAAGGACGAAAAUUUGAAGAGAAGAGAAGAGAAGAACGGAGAAAGAAGAGAACAUUAUUGAACUUUAGUAAACCCUUGUAAAAGAUCUCCUACCUCGUGCAUAGAAGAAAUAAAAAGUCUUAUAACACAAGCUUCUAGAUAUAAUUCAAAAAGUAUCGAGCAUAUACGAUGUUGUGCAACGUGGCGAUGAAUUCAAUAACCGAUGCCUACCUGAAGUUGAACGAAAAGAGAAUGAGAAAAGAGAAACUUUCUAGUUCGCUUUUAAUAGCAUUCAUUUCCUCACAUCUUGGGAGGAAAUGAAUGAUAUUAAAAGCGAACUAGAAAGUCUACCUGAUGUAGCUGGAAUCGUUUUUACCGCUAUGGUAUUGGCCGACCAGUUUCUAAAGAAAACCGAUUUGGAGACAUGCAGAAAUGUUGUAGGGACAAAGGUGAAAGGAAGUGUUAUCCUUCACCAACUCAGUCUUUCGAUGGAUCUAGAUUUCUUCAUUAUGUUUUCCUCAAUAUCUGGAGUUCUUAGUAAUGUUGGGCAAGCAUCUUACGCUGCAGCUAACACAUUUUUAGACCAACUAUGUGAAUAUCGUCGAAACAAGCUUGGCCUGCCUGCUUUGUCUAUUAACUGGGGUCCGAUCAGUGGUGCUGGAGUACUGGAAAGAAAUGCGGAUAUUACAUCAGUCCUGGAAACAUACGGAUUUUUUGCUCUUCACUAUACGCAAGCAACCGAGUUUAUGGAACGCAUCAUUCUUAAAAAUUUUGACGAAGCUCAAGUUUGCAUAUCUCCUAUGAAUUAGCAAGUUUAUCUUAGAAGUCAUACUUCUCUGAGGUUCCAAUGGAAACGAGAAGAAACGCUGGUAGUCGUGGACAACUUAAUGACAUUGGAGAGCCUAGCAGUACUACCCUUGGAUGUGAGAAUUCAAAAUGUUCAAGAUUUCAUUAGGCGUUUGCUGAGUUCGUGGUCAGGUAGUGAGGCCUCUGAAGUGGACUUAAACAUCGGUCUGUACAAGUUUGGAAUCGAUUCAAUUGCUGCAACAAAUAUGAAACAUCGAAUUGAAAACAACAUUGGGGCUAAAUUUGAUGUAAGCCUUCUCUGUGAUUUUUGAUCAAAAAGAGAUAAA